AUGGGGUUACUAAAAGCAAAAUUCCGUUUGAGAAGUCCAUGGACACAAAAUUUCAUUUCUGGUGUCAUUCUGUUCUUAACAACUGGCAUAUAUCUAGCAGUUAUCGGUCUUGGUGCCGGCGGCGGGAAGCCGAGCUCGGCUCAUGUCGCAACAAUAACAUACACUACUAUAUAUGCUGUCUUCGCUGUUACUGGCUUCUUUGGUGGCAGCAUAAUGAACACUAUUGGACCGAAGUGGACAAUGACGAUUGGCUGUCUUGGAUACCCUAUAUAUGUUGCAAGCCUUUGGUACUAUGAUGCAACAGGAAAUCAGUGGUUCCCUCUGAUGGCAGGUGUGCUCGGAGGUGCUGGAGCUGGCUUACUCUGGACUGUUUCUGGUUUCAUUCAGUUUGCUUAUGCGUCGGAAGCAGACAAAGGAACAUAUAUUGCAUGGCAACUUUUCCUGCUUGCUCUUGGCUCAACAUUGGGCGCACUCGUGGCAUUUGGAAUUAGCAUCAAAGAUGCUGGCCUGGCCGGUGUUCCAAGUUCAGUGUAUCUGACCUUUAUCAUUAUUAUGUCUUCUGCCAUUAUUUUAUCUCUACUAGCGAUCAAGUCACCGCAAACUAUCACCCGAGAUGAUGGGACACACUUAGCAAUAUUUGCAGCUACGGACUUUAAAAGCGAAGUGACAGGAUGUAUUCAUUUGUUAAAGGACUGGAGGAUUGUCGCUCUUAUUAUCCCAAUGAUAGCAACUGAAAUGUCUUCUGCAUUGAUUCCAACACUCAGCGCUUACACCUUCAACUUGAGAACCCGUUCAUUGAAUAGCGUCAUUUUCUGGGCAGUCCAAAUCCCUUCAACCCUUCUCUACGGCCUGGUGUUAGACAACAACCGUUUUGCAAGGCGUGCUCGGGGUCUAAUGGCACUUACCAUUGCUUUGGUCAUUGUGGUUAUUAGCUGGGCACUGGCAAUCAGAAUCCAGGUUAAGCAUAAACUACGGCGAGAUCUCCCUUCUCCCAUUUGGGACUGGGAUGAUCCGAACUACGGAGAAUUCAGCAUUAUGGUUAUUUUUACCGGUAUUGCCUAUGCUAUCGACCAAAUGGUGGUCAUGUGGGUGAUCAGCGCGUAUAGUAAUGAACCCAGGCUCCUUGCAAGAUAUGGCGGCUUCUUUAAGGGUAUGCUGAGUGCUGGCCUGUGUAUCGCCUUUGGAUUAGAGUCUGCGCGUGUUUCCUAUCUGAAUCAAACUAUCAUCCAGGCAACUUUGAUGAUCAUCUCUUUCCCAAUCAUGUUUUUCCUGGUGACGAAAAUUGUCACUGAUACCAACUACUUCAACGAGGACACUGUUAUUCCUCCGGAACACAUUUGCAUAAAAAAUGCGAACGCCGAAGCUCAAGAGUAUAAACCCCAGUAG